CGCAACAGGGUUGUGCACACGCACGUUCAAGUAGAGUUGUACCCACAUGCUCGUCCGCAGAGCCCAGUCAGCAUUUGACUCAGUAGUGGCAGCAGGGGAUCUAGGAUUUCCACUUGUCAGAUAUAACUCCCCGACACCGAAAUACAGUGCAGCCAAAAUGUCAAAGUUGGAACAGAUCCUUAUCCUUGACCCUCCCGCCGACCUCAAAUUUAAAGGUCCUUUUACAGAUGUAGUCACCACCAACCUCAAACUGAAGAACCCCUCUGACAGAAAAGUCUGUUUCAAAGUGAAGACGACUGCGCCGCGCAGAUACUGUGUACGGCCAAACAGCGGUGUCAUUGAUCCCGGAGCAACUGUCAUUAUCUCUGUCAUGCUACAGCCCUUUGACUAUGACCCCAAUGAGAAAAGUAAACACAAAUUCAUGGUGCAGACCAUUUUUGCCCCAUCAACUGUCUCUGACAUGGAUUCAUUGUGGAAAGAUGCAAAACCAGAUGAUCUCAUGGAUUCCAAGCUGAGAUGUGUCUUCGAGCUGCCUUCUGAAAACGAUAAAAUGAAUGACGUGGAGGCGACCAAAGCAGCCCCGGUGAUGAACUCUGCGAAGUCCGACUCCUCAGCAUCCACGGUGCCUCUCGCUGCCUCCCUGGACGACUCGGAGAUGAAGAAAGUGAUGGAGAAGUGCAAGAGGCUGCAGGCUGAGAUGAACAAGAUGGUCGAGGAGAACCGGCAAUUAAAGGAUGAAGGUACUAGAAUGAGAAAGGUACCUCGCUCAGACCACAUGACAUCAAAUUCAACUAGUCUCCUCGGCCGAGAAGCCAGCACCGCCUCCCUGCCCUCCCUCCUCGUCGUCAUAGCAGCCAUCUUCAUCGGUUUCUUCCUAGGGAAGUUCAUCUUGUAGACUGGGAGAUGCAUGCCAGCCGUAUCCCCACUCCCGCCCCCCCCCUCCCCCCCCCCGCCCAAGCUCCGGAAAUAAAACAGGCCUGGAAAAACCGAGAAGUCUUUGUGUUGACUUUGCCAUAUCAUUGGUAGUGUGGCCUACAGUGAACACAUCUGUACAGCAUCAUUCGAAGGCGUCGCCUUUUUACAACCUCACACGAUUAGUACACGACACACUUGAGAAAAGAAAGGCGACAGAAAAAGUGAUUGCUCCCUUCUUUUGUUUUGUGUUGUGAUGGCUGGAUUAUACAGGUAAUGUGGCGGGACAAUGAAAGAUGUAAACGAUCAGUCAACAUGGAAGAUGCACCUAGAGCGAACCAUGGGCAAGAGGCAGUCAAAACCAUUAGAUUUAUUUCUCUUAUUUCUCUCUCUCUCUUUUUCUCUCUGUUGUUUUUAAUAGGAAUUGAAUGGAAUGUUAGGUGUCUUGUAAAUGUUGUUUUAAAAUCCUUUUAAACAGAAAAAGGAAAGAACUUGCAUCAAAAAGACCUUGCUCUACCUGUCGCUGGAUCGCCUCUGAAGUAAAUUUGUUCGGUUUGUAAUUUCUACUUCUCGUCUUGGAAUGUUCUGGUCCAGCUGGGGAAGAUAAUAGGUGCCUCCUCCUUCUUGUACAUUUCUGUCCUUUUUGAUUUUCCUCACAACACCAAUGCAGACUUUAUAUAUUAUUAUUAUUAUUAUUAAUAUUAUUAUUGUUAUACAAAUCAUAUAUUCCUUCUGAGGCAAAUAUUGACUGAAAUAAGGUUUCCAUUCUUAAAAUCCUGUCCCAUGGUAUUAAGCAUUGAAGAAAUAAAAAUGUGGUUUCAA